UGUAGUCAGAGUUCAGAAUCUGCAUCACAAUAAAAAUUAAGUAUAAUAUUUAAUAAUAAAUUAAUUGUUUAAUAACAAUAUAACAAUGAAAAAUAAAUAGUUAGUAACAUGUAAAUUAUUAAACGUGCAAUUGGUACUUAAUCAUUUACAUUCCCGUGGUCUAAUUUUUGUGAUAAAAACUUUAGUUUAUAAUGGAUAUUUUCGCAAUAUUUGUAUUAGUAUGUUUUUGUAUAGUUUUGGGUAUUAUUUUAACCCUCUCCGUGCAGUAUUAUAUAUUUUACGUUUACCUUAGAAAAAGCCCUAAAGCUAUCAACUAUUUGCAUAAGAAUUCCUUGGAUUAUUCACUACCUCAUGCUAUUAAGAGACAGUUAGAAACCGGAGAUUUAACGGAUAAAAAUAGAGGAGGCCUUGCCAUAAGUUUGAUUCUACAAUUCCUUUUUCACGAGCUAAGACACUCAGAGACCAUAACAAGAUGGCUUUACAAAAAAUUAACCAUGGAAUUCGAUGAGUUACUAACCAAAACUGCCAUGGGAAAAUUUUUUGAUUCUAUUUCUAUCAGAGAUAUCAAUUUAGGCUCACAAUUUCCUGAUAUUAAAGAAGUAACAGUUGAAAACGUUAAACUAGAUGAGAAAGACGAACAUAUUGAAGUUCUGAGCCUUGGACUGAACUUGGACUAUUCAGGAAACUUUCUUUUGUGUAUUGAUGCGAAAAUGAAGUUUGGGAAAACUGCAUUUCUUUCAAUAAAAGUGAAAAAAAUAAGCGGGUUAGCAAGACUGCAGUUUUCAAGACAACCCUACACGCAUUGGUCGUUUAGUUUUUUCACUGAGCCCACUCUAGAUUUAGGGGUGGAGUCCCAUUUUCAAGGGAGACAGCUGCAAUCAAACAUAACCAACCUUAUAGUUAAUCAAAUCAAAAAAGCUAUUAGGAGAAAACACACUUUACCAAAUUAUAAAAUAAGGUAUAAACCCUUCUUUGUGAAGACUGAUCCUAGUCAACUUGAUCUAGAAGACAGCGAAGUCUCCUUGCUUGGAACGCUAGAAAUGAACGUUGCAGAAAUCUCCAGACUUUGUAUUCCAGAAAAUGCCCAAAACAUUUACCUAACUAUAGCCAUAGAUUCAAUUCCUUGGAUUUCUCUAUGCCAAAGAGACGAUACAACGGUGAUGAUGUUAGAAGUAACCAUGACAAAACUUAAACAAGCGCAGUUGGGUGUGAUAUUUCGACAGGAGAUGGGUUUUGUGAUAGUUGACAGCGUUACCACGAAUUCUUGUGCUUUUCAAGCAGGCUUGAGACCCCUUGAUGUAGUGAUUUCGGUAGAAAAUAGGAUAGUAGGGACUGUUCCUCAAGUAGCUAAAUUUAUGAAGUCGAUUUCCGGUUCAAAUGUCACAUUAAGGAUCGAAAGAUUAGUUGAAAAUUAUGUGUUAAAAUGGAAAAAUUCUGAAGAAAAAGAAUCCUUGGUUGUGGUUACAGGCAGUGAAGUUAAAAGUGAUGACAGUGAGACGGAAUUGACACAGACCGAGCAGGAAUCGUUUGUGAUCGUUGACAGUGUCAAAAAAGAUGACAAGAAGACACGUUCACCGAAAAUGAUGCCUAGCAACGAAAAUAUGGCCAAAUUGGCACAGACGAUUAGUAGUUUUAGUUUGAGGAAAAGGAAAGGUGUGGCGCCAUCUCCUGGCACUCCUCAGAAGUCACGUGCAGCACCUGUUAAAAAAAAUUCCACCACUGAGCUACCGGAAAUUGUAAGGACUGAGGCCGACGGACUGGAGUCUGAGCAAAUUUUCUCUCAAAUCGAGGUGUUCAAAGGCAAAGAGAUGCCUGUGGACGAUCUGGUGGUUUUUGACGACGAUUUCAGGUUCUCACCGAGGGAGGGCGCUAAAUACAUCAAUAUCAACGCGUGGGCUACUGUUGCCAGCUCUCCAGAUAUGCUCCUAGGUUAUCUGAACGUGCCCUUGAAUCACGUUGCGGCAGAAUGCGCCGUGAGUGUUUUGGGACAUCAUUCAAGGAGAUACUCUUUUCUACCACCAGGUUUGACAUCUACGGCUGUCUCACAUCCAUUGAAAGCUCAUUCAGGCUUCGAACACGUAUUUUGUUUUGGCGAUGCCCUGCUAACUUUCGCCUGGUCCCCUGGUGAUGGUACGGAAAUUAAACGCAAAACGUCUGCUACCACGGAUAAUAAAACUGACGUUCUUGAACCUAGAAACAAGCAUGACUUCAUUCGAACCCAAUUUCAUGGAACAACUCACUGUGAUUUCUGUUCUAAGAAGAUCUGGUUGAAAGAUGCCGUACAAUGCAGAGAAUGCUUCAUGUGCUGUCACAAAAAAUGCGUGGUGAAGUGUCAAACCGGCACCAGAUGCAGCAGCGACAAACCUAUUCCUGUGACAAGUGACGUAUCUCUAUCUGACGUAGUCCUACAGACAGAUGUCGCCCCUGACGAUGAGUCUUCAGGGAAUAACCUAAAAAGAGUGAACAGUGUUACAAAUUUGACAAUUCCAGGUGCUGUGUCGUUUUCUUCUAGAAGUCUACCUCCCAGUCCUCAGCGAACGCCCAGUAGGAAACAGUCGCUGGUGUCUAUAAAUCCGUUUGCGCAGUGUCCUACUGCGUUGGACGAGGUUCAAAAGAACCCGCAAGAAGCUGGGGAGACUGUGUCGAAACUUUUAGAACAGGUGAUGUUGUGUCCGCCCGACGAGAGUCUUAUGGAUCAGGCUAAAGAGAGUGGGCAGAAAAUGUAUACUGUAUUAGGAAAAGAGGAAAAAUCAGAUAAAAUUAAUUUGAUGAUGGCUGAACUGAAGAAAACGCUGGACCUUGCCACAUCCGAUCACAUGGAACUAACCAAAAAAAUGGCUUCUGAAGAAUCGGAAGUGGAAAAAGCCAAACUUGCUUUUCUUAUAGGAAAGGCCGAUGCCAAAGUACACGCAUUAUCCGUGUUGAUGUUGCACUAUUGUUCUGGAUUGCAACAAACACAAGAGAAGAUUGUUUAAACGUUGUUAUUUUUAUUUUUUUUGAGUUAUGACAUGAAAGAAAAUUUACUAAAAUACGUAAAUUUUCAAUUUCAAAGGCGAGAAAACGAACAAACAGUAUUUUCUAGAAUAAGUAUAAAAAAAUAUCAAUGAUUAAAGAAUACAAGGAGACGUAACGUGCAUAUACGGGCUGUAGCAAAAUCUGUGAUUAAAAUUAUAUGACGCCGUUUUUUUUUUUGGUGCCAAACGUAGGGGGAUGUGAAUAGUUUAUUGUGUGUAGUGAAUCUUGUAUAAACUUUAUACGAUGGUGAUUUGUUCAGCUUUGAAGUGUAAAACCGGCAGUGAUAAGAUAGAGCCAGGAAUUACGUUUCAUAGAUAAGUAAACAAACAAUUUGAUAAUUAUUUUUAUGAUGUUAUAUUGUGGUACAUUUUAUUAUAAAAGGCAGACAUGUGAAAAACAUAAUUAAAAAUCUGUGAAUAAUGAAUUAUCCCUCUACAGUGGCACUGUUUGGUGACAACUGGUAACAAUUUGGUAUCUGCUGUUAUUGGUCCUAGUAUCCUUUAGUAAUUGAUAAAUACUUACUUGGUUAGUGAUUUAUUUAUUUUGUGUGAUUUUUCAGCACUGUUUUAACUCUUGAAACCGCCAAAAUAAACUGAAAAAUACAAUGAACUUAGAUACAUAUCUGCCAACCUUUUUAUUAAACUCUCUUGUUUUUUUUUCAAUAUAAAACAUAGUGUAUUACAGACAUUUAGUAUUACAUCAAAGCUAUCAGCUUUUUAUACACAGCCACAUAAAUAUAUGUAUUAUAUUUUAUUUAUUUCGUUCUAAGCCGGUUUUUAAAGGAUUUUUAUAUAAAAAAACAUGUUUAGACAUACAAAUCUAGUCAAUUAAGAGUAUAUAACAUAACGCUUUUUCCUAUAUCUAUUAUAUUAUUUAGAUUUCGUUUUAUGGACUUAGUGUUAAUUUAUUUAUAUUUAUGUUAUGAUAUUUGAUUUGCAAACUAUAUAGUGAUUAUCGACUUUUAAGAAAACUUACUUAAAAUGCAUUGUGAUAUUUUAAAGUUGUUAUUGCAAACGAGUUUGUAGUUGAAUAGAAACUUCUUUGGAGAAUAAAAGUUUACAUUUACGAUUUAUUUUCUUAAAGUAAGUCUAAAGUACGGUCCUGUUCAGGAAUCGAGUGAAGUUAGUCAUUUUUUGCUU